ACGUCACCACUGACCCCGCCCACCAGCCGAGCUCGCCUUUCCCAAGAUGGCGGCGGCGGCGGCGGCGUCCCUGGCUGCUGGGCGGUGCUGAGGGACCCGCCGCCCCCGGGACGCAGCGCGCGGAGAGCGGGGCGCAGCACCCCAACGCAGGAUCGGACGUCAUCCCGGCACGUUUCCAGCUUGAUGCAGAGACUGAAGAUCUCCUUACAGGGAGCAGAUCAGUGAUGUGACGGAGUGAGGGCAAAGGCAAGGCCAGCGGAACUCCUCAAUGGAAACUCCCUUCUCUUCAUUUUGCACCCAGCCCCCUCAUAGGUCGUCCUUACAGGGUGCGGGACUCCAUCCUGAGAAGCACGGAUGCUGAAAAAGAUUUGGGGGUUGUGGUGGAUAAUCAGCUGAAUCACCAGCUAGAGACGCCACCUGGCACUGCUUGCGGGGGAGGAGAGCUCUCUCCUGACAUCAUGAUCCGGAGACUCCUGGACCGGCCCUGCACCUUGGCCCUGCUCAUUGGCUUCCAGUUUGCCUUCAUGGUGUACUUCUCCUUCGGUGGCUUCCGGAACCUGACCUCCAUCUUCGGGCGUGACUUGAACCCCGUCUUUGACUACUCCCGCACUCGGGAUGUAUACACCAACCUGAGUCAUCUCCUACCCCGGCCACCUCCAGGCAGCAGCCCCACGGGGUCCCUGCCCUACUGCCCUGAGCGCUCACCCUACCUCAUUGGCCCCCUGACUGUGGGCUUCAGUCAGGUGCCGACGCUGAAGCAGAUCGUGGAGAAGAACCCGGCGGUGAGGGAAGGGGGCAGAUACCGGCCCGUGACCUGCGAGCCCCGUUCCCGUACCGCUGUGAUCAUCCCCCACCGCAACCGGGAGACACACCUGCGUCACCUGCUCUACUACCUGCACCCCUUCCUGCAGCGCCAGCAGCUGCAGUACGGCAUCUAUGUCAUCCACCAGGCUGGGAACUCCACCUUCAACCGGGCCAAGCUGCUGAACGUGGGGGUGAAGGAGGCUCUGAGGGACGAGGAGUGGGACUGCCUUUUCCUGCACGACGUCGACCUCAUCCCCGAGAACGACCACAACCUGUACACCUGCGACCCCUGGAGCCCCAAGCACGUCUCCAUCGCCAUGAACAAGUUCGGCUACAGCCUCCCGUAUGCCCAGUACUUCGGCGGCGUGUCAGCGCUCACCCCAAAUCAGUAUCUGAAAAUGAAUGGUUUCCCCAAUGAGUACUGGGGCUGGGGUGGGGAGGACGACGACAUUGCCACCAGGGUGCGUCUGGCUGGCAUGAAGAUCUCGCGCCCCCCCGUAUCGGUCGGCCACUACAAGAUGGUGAAGCACAAAGGUGACCAGGGCAACGAGGAGAACCCGCACCGGUUUGACCUGCUGAUCCGGACGCAGAGGAUGUGGACACAGGAUGGCAUGAACUCUCUCACCUACACGCUGCUGGCCAAGGAGCUGCACCCUCUGUACACCAACAUCACCGCUGACAUCGGGACCAACCCCCGGGCGCUGAAGGGCAGGAAGGGGUCUGUGCCCGGCUUCGGGGGGCAGAAAUACAAGACUGGGACCAACCAUGAGUUCAGGCAGGAAAUGCUGCGCAAAACACAUCCUGCCAAUCUCCCCUGGCCCAUGGCAAACUGGGUGGAGCAGCCCCCACCCCUGCCCCAGAGGUCUGGACAGGAUGCUGGCCGGGGAGCGCCCACAGCCCCCGCCACACAGAGCAAGAGGCCUGGAGCCGCAGCAGGCCAGCUGGGGGGCAGGGAAGGGGCUGCAUGGGCCAGCACCCAGAAGAAGGCCCAGGGGGGAGCUGUGGACAGCUCUGGGUCUCAGCGCGGAGCAGGAGCCCCUUGGCCCAGGGGAGCUGCUCAGGGCACCCAGCCGAGUCCCAGCAUCCUUCCACAGAGCCCUGAUGCAUUGCCGCACAGCCAGGAGACCUUGGGCAAGGGGAAGCCUGAGUCUGGGGCAAUGGAUUUGGGUGGGGCUGAGAAUGCGGGGAGCAGUGCCCCACAGGCCCUGACACAAGGGCAGCUCCCCAAGGGCCCCCAGACACAGUGGGACAAUCAGACCUUCCUGCAGAGCACCCUCUAACCAGAGGGCCCUGGACAUCAGGCAUGGGGUGGGGCAGCCACAGAUUCGCUGUGUGAGCUGGGCCCUUCCCAGCUCCUCGAACAAACCCCAUGGAUCACAGUGAACUGGAGGCCCUGGCCCUGUGCUGCUCCCAAGUGCUAGGCUGGGCUGAGAGGCCUGGCACCCAGGAGCUCCUUCCCAGGCCAGGAGUGGACAAGUCUGCAGGGUGGGCCACGUGUGAGCUGAGCCUGGUAGGUCUUGGGCCUGUUCACAGUGGCACAGGGCCCAUCAGCCAGCUUGCUCCUACUGCUGGCACCUUUGCAGCCUCAGCACAGGCUGUGGCUUGGUGUCCCCCAGCCUGGGCUGGGAGGCAGAGAAGGUUGGCCUAUUGCUGGCUGUGUUAGCCCAGGGAACCAUCCUGCUGGGGCAGUAGAUGGGGGCAGAACCUGGUAGCACAGAGGGCAGUGGGUAAUUUACAGGAAGGGGGCCAAGCGGGUUGUGCUGGUAUCUGCUGCCUCUUCGUAAUGGGGCUCUAACCCAUGGGUGUGGUUACAGUGGGUCCCACUGAGCCUCCUGCAGGUGGAACAGCUGCAAUCAGUUCUGGCAUGCUGCUUGGGAGAAGCAGGUGCUCUGGUGCCAUGGGCACUAGCUGGCUCAGGGCCUGGGGUAGAGCUGAGCAGUAGCACCCCCCCCCCCCACACCUGUGGGCUCUAGAAUCCUGUUGCCAGUGGGGUGUUCAAUCCAAGUGCUGUUCACUGUAGUAGGUUCUUACAGAGCCCAGGAGCCGAGCCCUGCCCCCCCCUUGUGGUCAUGUCCUCAGGGGAACUCCUUGAGCCUCAACACUUCCCCUGCUGCUUGGCUCCUGAGGACAAGCUGAACCCAAAUCCCUGUGCUGUAGGUGGGACAAGCUCAUGUCUUCCCACCAGACUAGUGCCCCUUCCCCAGCCUGACCUAUGCUGGCUGUGAGGAGGGCCUAGAACUUCCUCUGCUGUACUGGAGAGAGCCUGCAUCUGACCAGCCUGCCUGGGCCAAUCAUGAACUGCAGCGGGGCCCCAGGCUGCUCAUAGCACCCACUGCUCUGUGUGGCUCUGGGCAUUGUGUGGAGCUGGUGGCAGGGCCUUUGUCCCUGAAUUGGGUGUUUGCAGUGUGCCCUGGCCAGGCUGCUGAGUGGGGCACUGGGAUUUUGGGGGGGGGGGGACAGGGAAGAGGUUGGGCUCAGCUCUGACCCUUUUCCCUGGAGUUGUCAGCGCUUUGGUGCUGGAUUUACACACCACAUUGGUCUCCAGCUGCUGUGUUAAUCCUCUGCAGGUGGGAGGCAGGCCCUGUACCCUGAGGGGAAGCACUCCUGGAGGUGGGCAGCACUGUGCUCUCCCAUGGGAGGGUGGGGACAGGGAGACUUGCCUUCCUCCUUUCCUGGGGGCUAGUACUCACCUUGUGCCUGACUCCCCUGCCCUGUCUGUGGCUGCUCUCAAGAUGGGGAACUGCUAGCCUGUGCCUGGCUGCCCUGCUUGGGUAUGUAGGAGCCAAGGCAUUCAGCAUCAGCAGCCUUCAUUGUACCUAGCUGUGCCCUUGGCACACAGAGUCUGCUCAGGCUACAGCAGCCAUGGCAGGGGCAGAGCUGGUCCUGCUGCUUGGAGCUGCAGGGAGAGGAACCCCCUGCCUGGGAUUCCAGGUGGAGCUUUUCCCCUCCUCUGUGCUCUGGGCACUAGUGCCUGGCCAGCCCUAGCCCCAGGCCAGCCCUAGCCCCAGGGGCAGCCUCCUGAGGGCCCAUAAGCCCAGGGCACCUCCAGGCACAGAGGGUGCCAGCUGCUGCUGCAGGCCCAGCUUAUACCUGCUAAGAGGCCUCCAGGCAGCACCUUCCCCAGCACUGAACUCACUUUAAGGGAGGGGCACUGAGUAGACUGCGCUUAGCAUAAGCUGGGCAGGUCCCAUCCCCUCACCCCAGAACAAUGUGUGACCUAGGGAGCUACAUCUAGCCCCCACCCCCAUGACAGUUUAGAGAGCACAGGGGCUGAUCCUCCUCUAGCUGUUGACAAUUUGCUGUGGUUAUUUAUUUAGGAACAUGCUUGUCAUGCCUGGCUGCCGCUGCACCAUGCAGCAUCUGAAUAAAAUGUUUGGUCCUACAGUG